AUGUCAGUAUUAGCACAAAAGGCCAUUAGUGCCAUAUUGACCAUUGCAACAAAAGCCAAAAAAUGUACUUGGUGCACUUUUGAAUAGAAAUGCAAAAACUAGUAUUGUGUUAUAUAAAUAUUUGCCUUUUAUUUAAAGACAGGGGUGUGUCUUCAGCAUUAGCUGCAGGAGGUGUAGGGAAAAGGAAGAGCCGCUUUAGCGGGGCAGAGCUGGAGGUCUUGGUAUCAGAGGUGACUCGGUGUGAGGGGGAGCUGUUCGGUCCAGCAGGGAGGCUCCGGCGCAGAGAAAGAGAGCGCAUUUGGGCUGGCAUACUUGAGCGUGUCAAUGCUGUGUCUAGAGUACCUCGGACUCUGAGAGAAGUGAAGAAACGCUGGGAUGACCUGAAGAGACGUAAUGGUGGUAGACUGGCUGAUGCAAGGCACCGCACCUGCUACCUACCAUCAAGCAGAGGGGCUGCAAUUUUGGGAAGGCCGACCCAAGUCAGUCCCAGGCUCCAGCAAUCUCGGCAAAAGCAGAGCACCAGAGGAAAAGCCAGUUUCAUGUGUUUGUCAGACACUGAUCCAGUUACAGUUGGAGAUAGUUCUGAAAGAGAUGGUUUCGAAAAGGACGAUGAAGCUGGUGAGCAAGAAGGUGAAGAUGGAGAUGAUUGUGAGGGUGUGGAGAACAGCAUGGAGGAUAAAUUGGGUUUGGGCUUGGGUCUUGGAAUAGUACCACCUCCAACAUCAGAACGCUGGCUACCUCCUUCACCCCUUUACAGUGCCCCGUUCCUAAACGGCACUCCUCAACCAAGCCCAGAACCAUCUUUAGGGACCCACCAGGGCCCACUGGAGCCCCCUCCACCACACACUUCCUGGCUGGAAGAUGAACUUCGUGGGCUGGGAGAAGCAGCCAUGAAGCUUGGAGAUCGCAUGGAGCAGAACCUGCGCGAGUUUGGAGAAGGCUUCAGAUGUGAUAUGCGGACGCUUGUGGCUUCGCAAGAGGCCCUUACAAGUAGCUUGCAGCAGAAUAAUGUACUUUUGCAACGUCUGUUGGGUCUACUUGAGAUGCAGCAUCAGCCGCCUCAGCAACAAAUUCCACAACAGCAACUACAGCAACAGCAACAACAAUUACAGCAACCUGCACAGCAUCAACAGCAACAGGAACCUCCACAACAGCAGCCUUAUGAACCAAUGUUAUUGCCACAGCUAGAGCAGCAAAUCCCAGCAACUGUUCCACCUCUGCCACCACCUCCAGAUAUUUUAGAUGGUACUCGGCACACUGAACCACCGAAUGACAUAAAUGGAGUAACUCAACAGCCACGCCGUGGCAGAACAGUAGACCUCAGACGAAGACGCAGACGUUGAUGUUACUGUGAGAUGUGGACAAAUGAACUGUAUUCGGUUGCAGUAAAUUUAUUUAUUUAAGCAAUGUUUUAUAAGGUUAACUAGUUGCAGAUUGUGCCAUGUCAUAUUGCAGCCACAUUUUAUGUUAUGCUGGUCACAGAUAUAUAAUAAAGUGCAUAAUAGGAAUACCAAAAAGCUCAAAGCUAUAUCUAAAUCGACUUCUCCACUCUUGUUGCUGAUAGUAAAUUACUGACAUUUUAUGGAUCUGCUUGCUUAAAUUUAUAUAUAAUAACUGCAAGUUUAGAAGAAAAAAAAGGCAGGCUUAAAAACUAUUCAGUAUUCAUGCUGUGGCAUGAAUAAACAUUCAUUUUUAUUGUUUGAUUGAGGCACAGAAUAUCAGUGCAAAAUGACAUUUUACUUUUGCUACUAUCGCUGUUUAAGAAACAUCUAAAUGCUGUUUUAAGCGACAUGACAUUGCAUAGAAUCUCUGCAGUUCCUUGGAAAUAAAUGCAGUUAUCAGAAUUGCUGGCUGAUGUAGAGAUCUAAGGUCACCUGGUCACUCUGCAUGCAAUGCAAGAUAGCCAAACUGAAAUAUACUAUUUUGCAAACUUUUCACCAUGUUAACAAAAAGCACUUGUACUUGGAAAAAUGUCUGCAUAUGAACAAGUUUUAAUA